AUGGAAAGAAAGAGCAUUUUCAUCAAUGUGCACAACGGCCAGGAUGGUGAACACUACCCCGAGCCCAUCGAUGAUAUGUGGUGGGUAGCAGUUUGCACACCAGGCCGCAUGGAAGACCCAAGCGUUCGAAUGAAUCGUGACAGGGAGCUCCUUGAGUACGUGAUAGAGUGCAUCGUAAAUGGCGAUUGCUUCAUCGCCGAUGAGCCACUGCACCACACUACCGGCGGAUGGAUCUGCAUGCCAGUUCCGAUCAGAGAAGGACAGGAGCGGAAGCAUAUCUACCAAGACGCCGAGGAUCUCGCAGAAUUCUUCACUCAGCAGAUUUCAUCCCGCAAGAUGCGUGUUGACCGAGAAGCCCUUUGGCAUAGUCAUCCCGCAUUCGACAUGGAAGACUCCUUGCUUGCCCAUACACAGAUCAUCCUCCCAGGCGAGGACGCAUCCAAAGUGCCAAAGUACCCAAUCUGCUUUGGAGAUGUUUGUCCGCCUCGUUCAGCUGAUAUCACCAGCCUUACCAGCCAGCUACAGACCAUGGAGGUAAGUGACCCAAAUGCCGAAAUAGCUAACCUUGUUUACUCUGCCAGGACCAUUGCUUCUCGCGCCCGAUCCUGCGAUGCGAACAGUGAAGCGAUCGUAGAAGCUUCAAUUCGAUUUGAGGAGAUGAUUAACAGUUUCGAGGAUAGUCACUUCCAGGACAAAGACACAGAGGCAUACCUUGCGGAGAUUAGAUCGAGCUAUUCAACGCUAUCCAAUCUUCUCGAAGAUGGCUGCGUGACUUCCCAGGAAAUGCAAGAUGCCAUUCCAAUUACUGCUCAUACACUCGAGAACAUUACUGACAGCUUUAACAACAUGCAGGUAGACGGGCCUGUUGUGACUCGUGCUCAUAUCCCACAUCACUUUUAUCACUGA